GUGAGAGAGCGAGUGGGGAAGGCGUCGAGAAAGACGUUGACGUUGCGGUUGCGGCGUUUCCUCAUCUCCACAUCACCUCCACCAGCAGGCACCGGCGCAGUCCAGCCCACUGCGGCCGAGGAGAGCUACUUCCGUUCCGCAGAGGGCGACAAGGCAGCAGCCAGCCAGCCAGCCGGCGGAGGUCCAGACACAAAAGAGACUGGGUCCGGGUUCUUCUCCAAUCCAAACCGGAAUGUCGGAUGAGGAUUCUCGUGCCAGCACCAGCUCUUCGUCAUCGCCGCCGUCGUCCAGCCAGAGCAGACAGAAGGACACAUCUUGCAAGAAGAAGCGUGAGAGCAAAGCCAGCAUGAGCAAGACCUCCAAGCUGCUUUCCACCAGUGCCAAGAGGAUUCAGAAAGAGCUGGCUGACAUCACACUGGACCCGCCACCAAACUGCAGCGCCGGCCCCAAAGGAGACAACAUCUAUGAGUGGAGGUCCACCAUCUUGGGACCGCCAGGCUCCGUGUAUGAGGGGGGCGUCUUCUUCCUGGACAUUGCCUUCACGCCCGACUACCCUUUCAAGCCACCCAAGGUGACGUUCCGCACUCGGAUCUACCACUGCAACAUUAACAGUCAAGGCGUGAUCUGUUUGGACAUCCUGAAGGAUAAUUGGAGCCCCGCCCUCACCAUCUCCAAGGUGCUGCUGUCCAUCUGCUCCCUGCUCACAGACUGUAACCCAGGUAAGACAUGCCUACUGUUUAAAAUUUCUAUUACGAUGUGACCAAGUUCACACACACACACACACGGGGACCUACCAUCGUCACUGUUUUUAGAAAGCCCUGGAAGCUUGGUUUGGCGUAGCAACAGGAAUUUGGUAGGCAUGUGUUGACCCACAAAAAAGGCUCAAGAAUUUAUGCCUGAAGAGACAUGGGAAUCAACCGUUUUACGGCAAUUUGCACACUUCCAGGGAUCCUUCCAAUAGUUUGAAACGAGUCAUCUGACUUGGGAACAUGACCCAUAAUUCAGUCGGCCAUUUUGAUUUGUCAUUCGAGAGA